AAGUCUGAGCAGGCUGUAAUCAAACAGGGAAUCAUCUCAGUCAUCUUGGAUUCAUUAUUCUUAAAGGUGAAGGGUGAAGCAAUGACAAAAGUGAUGUGGGAGAAGAUGAAGUCAGAGUAUGAGAAGAAAUCAAAGAUGGUCACAGUUAAUCUGCACCAAAAGCUCCAGGAUGAGCAGUGCACAGAAGAAGGUGAUAUGAAAACUCAUCUAACAAAGCUACAAUCUAUAUGCAAGAAUCUCAUCACAAUGAAAGCUGACUCAGAUAAUGAUAACUUUGUUACAAUAGUCUUAAGAUCACUUUCUGCCUUAUUUGAAACAUAUCUCUCUGUGUUUAUAGGCAUAUCCACACUUCUUAGUAAGACUCUUGAUCUUGACAUAAUGCUACAGGGAAUCAGUGACAAAGCAGACCAAUGA